AUGGACGUGCAAAUAACGCUUGAAGCAAGACGAAAGUUUGAAUUUUUGAAUGGCUCCAUCACCACACCUUCAUCGCAGUGCAUAGAAUCAGAUUGGACAGCCAUCAAUGCUAUGCUUGUUUCAUGGAUCACAAACACCAUUGAACCCGAGUGUACAGCGGGUAGCACUCAUGAAAUUCGUCGCCAGCAAUCUAAAUUACAUGAGUUCUUAAUGGGAUUAUGUUCUGAUUAUUAUGCACAUUUGCGUACUAACAUUUUGUCACAAGACCCCCUUCCCUCCCUUGAUCGUGCUUAUCAGUUGGUCACUCAAGAAGAAAGGGUGCGCACAGCCACGUCUGAACAGGAUGAUAAACCAAUUGAGGUGGUUGGUUUUUUACAGUACGCACAGACAGGCCAUGAUGUUAGCAAAUGUUAUGAGCUUGUUGGUUACCCAGAUUCAUGGAAUAACGCAGCUCGUUCUGAUGGUGGUGCAACUAGGGGCAGUAGAUACUCUAGGGUUGGACAUGGCCGCGGGACAGUCCGCGCUAAUGUUGUUGCUUCUGGGAGCAGUACCUUGGGCUCCAAUGUGUCGAAUGAAGGCAGCAGCUCCCAGCUAUUUUCCAAUGAGCAGUGGCAAGCUCUCGCAGGUCUGAUUGGUAAUACAAAAGUUCCUGAUGGAGGUUUUAAUGGUAAGUUUGAUAAUGAUUUGUGGAUAAUUGAUACGGGAGCCUCACAUCACGUAAAUGGUAACAAAGAAUGGUUAUUUGAUACUCAUAAUUUUGAAUGUCCUGUUGGGUUGCCUAAUGAUGACAUUUCAGUUGCAGAGUUACAAGGAUGUGACCAAAUGAAGGAGGUGAUUGGAACGGGAGUUAGGAGAGACGGACUUUACUACUUUGGCAAAACUGAUUCGGUGCAACAUGUGUCUGUGGCUGAAGCAACAUCAGAGUUAGAGUUGUGGCACAAACGGAUAGGGGAUCCUUCAGAGAAAGUGGUGAAGUUACUUCCUCCUUUUAGUGGUAUUCAGGGUAGUUUAAACAAAGCAUGUGAGGUCUGCUUUCGUGCUAAACAUGCUAGAGACAAAUUUCAUUUGAGUGAAAAUAAGGCAACUCGUAUUUUUGAGAAAAUACAUUGUGAUUUAUGGGGUUCUUACAAACAUGUUUCAUCUUGUGGAGCUCCUUAUUUUUUAACAAUUGUGGAUGAUUAUUCUCGUGCUGUGUGGAUUUAUUUUUUGCUGGAUAAAACAGAAAUAUUUCGCAUGUUCAUGUCUUUUAUUGCUAUGGUUGAAAGUCCCGAUGAUGUGAAUAUUGUACUAGAAAAUAAUUUUGAUAAUCAUGUUGAGAUUCACAACGAUUUUGGAGAUUAUGGUGAUUUAGUUGAAGAAACUAAUGUUGAGAAUAAUGCUGAUUUAAUGGGUGUUGGGGAUGAUAUUCCCACUGAUCCACCAAACUCCACUCUUUUCCUUGCAACUAUCAUUUCUUGUAAGGAUCCAAAAUCCUUUAAGGAGGCUAUGCAGUGUGAUUCUUGGAGAAAACCUAUGAAGGAGGAAAUUCAGGCAUUGGAAGAUAAUGGCACGUGGACCUUGGAACAACUUCCUCCAGGUAAACGUGCUUUGGGUAGUCAGUGGGUGUAUCGCACCAAAUAUUUUUCCAGUGGCGAUAUUGAACGACUUAAGUCAAGAUUGGUUGUUUUGGGCAACCACCAACAAGAAGGUAUUGAUUAUAAUGAGACAUUUGCUCCAGUUGCAAAAAUGACUAAUGUUCGUGCUUUUCUUGCCAUUGCAGCUUCCAAAAAUUGGGAGCUCCAUUAG